CCAGCACUGGGGUCAUUCAGUACAUAACCCUCAGGGAUCCAGUGACUCUGAGGCUUUAUACUACUGUUUUCGGGCCCUUCUUUGCAUAUCUCACCUGGACUAGGUAGAGAACGGUCGUCAGGGAAGGCACGCGACCCUCUGCAGGCUGGAUCCCGGCCCCCGAGUCUCCAGCACAGCCGUAGAGAGAGAAGACAAAACAACAGUCAACUCGCCCCUGAAACUUUGCUGUCGUCACCUUGUUUUGAUCAUGUGACAUCAUACAGUUAUCAUGUGACCAGUGUUCUUUCAAGUGUCAAGACGUACGUGUGAGCCAUCUCUUUCUUCUGAGUAACAGGCGCUGGAGGAAGGAAAAUGUUCCAGAGAAAGGGAACGGUAUCCAAGAGCUCUGGCCCAGUACACGUGAACUCGUAUGCCCUGAGGGGAGUGCCGAUCAGAUACACUCCACCGUUCUACCUGCCAGACCAGCUGACCCUCCCUUCCUCGUGGACCCUCCCCACCUUUCCUUCUGAAGACCUCUUCAGAUAUGACUACACCAAGGAAAAGAAGGUUCUGGAACAGGCCAGAAUAAGGACCAUCUCCCUGGCAGCUGAGGCUCAGGCUAGAGAGAAGAGGGAAAAGACGGAGGAAGAGAAACAACGCAUAGAAGCCGCUGCAGCAGCCGAGCGAGCAAAGUCACAACCUCGACAGCCGAGCUUCCCCCUCCCCUCAUCCCCUCCCCUGCACAACAGCACACAUUCACAAAGACUCCACCCACUAAUAAAACCGAUGCCUCAGAAACCCAGCAACCUGAAAAUGGUGAUUCCAGUUCCGCUAUUCACAUCAAAGACUUCGGGAACAUCAUGAAGCCACUGGGUGAAAUGAGCUUCAGCGAGUUUGAGUCUGACAACUUUAACCCCUUUGAUACUGCGAGUCUCCAAGCCAUAAACGACAUGGAGAUACUUCAGACGAUUUCGCUGGCUCCGCCUCCUCAAGGGGAUUCCCCUCCACGACCGAGUGGUACCACAACUGUUGUACAGAGCGAGAGAAAUUUGGCCGGCCAUCCAGGGGUGCCCCUCUCAUCUUAUGCGGCUCCAGUUAGCGGCACUCCGAUCUCUGUGGGUGGAGCUCUGCCACAGGGACCCAUCCAAUUUCCGGGGUUGCCCCUGCCACCGAUUGGCGGGCCGGCAUCGCAGCCUUCAUUUGCUCCUUCUACCUCUAGUGUACUUGGCGCUAGUCCAGGACAGACACAAAUCUCCACUUCAUCCUCUUCUAAUGUGCAACUUCAAGUGUCCCCCCUCCCACACCCCUCCCUCCCCACCCUCCCCGUCCUCCCACCGAUCGCACCAACCUCACAUCCUCACACUCUUACCCCACCCACACCUCGACUCCCUCUUCUUCAAACCAGCAACCAACCCUCUCUUCAAGUCAACCUACAUACCCUUUUCCCAGGCCACAGGGCACACUUCCCCAACCCUCUUCCUCCUCUCCCCCCAAACCCACCUCAACUCCACACCCUCAUCCCAGGCCACAGGGCACACUUACGCAACCCUCCUCCACCCUCUCCUCCACUCCUGUCACCUCCACACUCCCUCAACCCUCCCUUGCUUCGUACCCCUCCAUAGCUGCUCUCUCCUUCCCCCAACUAGCACCACACAGUUUGCCCCACCAACAGGGAGCAGUCCGACACUGGCUACCUCCUAUCUCCCAGUAUCUGCUGCAGCUGCUGCUGCUAGUGGAGGAAUCCGCAGUGACUCAGGUGGUGGUGGAGGUACAGGGACUCUGUUUACUAUUGGGGGAGACACCACGACCUCUGUCUCACCUCCUGUACAGCAACAACCAUCUCAGACGCCUCCUGUGCCAAAGCCAAGAGCACAUGCUGCUGCCGGGCAACAGGUUCCAAAUAGUGCCCACCUUCCCUACCAUCCAGUUCCGGCCCCUCGUUCCCAUCCCUCUCCUGUAAUGACAGGGGCUGCCCCAAAACCCCCUCCUGCCAGGCCUUCUGUACAGGCUAGAGCCAGCAGUCUGAUGGCAAACCUCCCUCAAGGCCAACCUCUUCUCUCGCGACCUGGUCUUGGUGUGCCAGUCCUCCCUCCCAUACCCCCCCGCUCCUCCACUUCCCCCUCCUUCCCCUCUUCCCACACAUCACCACCCUCACAUCCUCCCUCCUCCUCCCCUCCCUGUCCCCCUCCCUACCAACGGCAGUCGUCACCCACCGGGGACGGAGGAAACCGCUCUGGUUCUCCCCCUCCCCCCUAUUACCCCUCUCCUCAUGGAGCUAAUGACAACAGGAGGUUCUCCCAGCCUGUCCCUCUGCCCUCUCAACAGCACACUCCCUCACACUUCACUCUACCUGAUCCACAGUCGAGUCUGUCUCCUGAGCAGAGGUCACAGGUGGAGUCGGUGGCUGGUAUGGGGUUCCCCGCUCCUCGUGUUGCAAGAGCUGUGCGGAGGUUCAGUGGAAACCACACUCAGGUGGUGGACUUCCUGAUAUUGGUGGGGGGACUGGAGGAGAGCUGUCGCAGUAAAGGAGACAGUGCUGAGAUGGCACUAGCUGUCUCUGACAACAAUGAGGAGAAGGCCAAGAGGUACCUACAGAAGGUGGGCUACUACAGAGAGAGUGGGUUCAGUGAGAAGAGUGUUCACGAGGCCUACGAGAAGGCAGGCAAGGACUGGGACAGAGCUCUCGACAUACUCACCCAGCACACUUCAUAGCUGAUAUAUACAGUGUAGCAUCAUUCAACGUGUAGGCCUAUGGGUUUUUGUGUAUAAAUUGCUGUGUGUAAGUCACGGUACUUACUGCGCAUGCGUUGAUACAAGGACGGCAUCUGUUCUCUCGAGCCACUGUCAAGUGUUCGAGCGUCCAGUGUGACACUGCAACCGAUACGUCUGGAAGAUAAGAGAAGUGCGCACCGCGCUGUGUAGCAGGAGAUGGAAGAGACGCACAUGGAGAUAGACGACUCGUUGUACAGUCGUCAGCGCUAUGUCCUGGGAGACAGCGCCAUGCACAAGAUGGCUCGCUCCACCGUCUUCAUCAGCGGCAUUGGAGGCCUUGGAGUGGAAAUUGCCAAGAACGUAGUCCUAGCGGGUGUAAAGGAGGUGGUGAUACACGACAGCCAGCCAGCCACAGUCUCUGAUCUUGGCUCCCAGUUCUUCCUCAGAGACACCGACGUUCGCUCCUCCACCUCCAGGGCAGAGGCAAGUCUGUCGCGAUUGGCUGAACUUAACCCCUACGUGACUGUGUCUCUGUCUACUCUCGAUCUCACUGUGAACUCUGACCUCUCACCGCUCAGUCAGUACCAGUGUGUCAUACUAACAGACUGUGACCUAGAGCUACAGAAGACUGUCGACAGAUUCUGCCACUCCCACACUCCUCCAAUUAUGUUCAUAUCGUGCAGUGUUAGAGGUGUGUUCUCCAGUCUGUUCUGUGACUGUGGUCCCGAGUUCACUGUGGUGGAUCCUACCGGGGAGGAGCCUGCUCAGAGCUUCAUUGCUUCCAUCUCCCAGGCCAACCCUGGCGUGGUGUCGUGUCAGGAGGGACAGCUACAUGGACUGGUGACCGGAGACCAUGUGGAGUUCAGAGAGGUUGUCGGCAUGGAAACACUCAAUGGAAAAACAUUCCCUGUUAAAGUUGUGUCUCCUAGUCAGUUUGCCAUAUCAUGUGACACCAGUGGACCUGACUUCACGCCAUACCAACAUGGAGGAAUUGCCCGCCAGGUCAAGGUCCCCAAGACCCUCACUUUUGAGUCCCUAGAGAGCCAGCUGAGGACCCCAGACUGUCUCCUGGUGGACUUUGCCAAGAUGGAGGCUCCAAGUCAGCUGCACACUGCCUUCAUGGCCCUUCACCAGUUCUCUCUUUCUCACGACGGAGAGCUACCCAGGGCAAGGAGUGAAGCUGAUGCUGAGGCUCUGGUUCAACUGGCAAAACAAGUCAACUCUAACCUCAAACUAGUAGAGGAGGUUGAUGAAGGUGUGGUGCGGUGGCUGGCACUCACGGCUCGAGGCUGUCUGCCUCCUCUUGUCACCGUCAUUGGAGGGUUUGCAGCCCAGGAGGCCAUCAUCUCUCUCACUGGGAAAUUCUCCCCUCUUCAGCAGUGGCUGUAUCUGGAUGCAGUAGAGUUGUUGUCUGGUCAGGAGAAGUUGGACCCUCAGACCUUCAUGCCUAGAGGUGACAGGUACGAUGCUCUCAGGAUCUGCAUUGGGCAGGAGAUGGUAGAAAAACUGGCAAAUCUCAGACUUUUCAUGGUAGGGUGUGGAGCCAUUGGGUGUGAGAUGCUCAAGAACUAUGCCAUGUUAGGAGUGGGCCGUAGACCCAACGGAAUGGUGACCAUUACAGAUAAUGAUCUGAUUGAAAAGUCAAAUCUCAACAGACAGUUUCUAUUUAGACCACACCACAUCCAGAAACCAAAGUCAGUUGUGGCAGCUAAAUCAACGUUGGAAAUCAACCCAGACCUAUGUAUAGAGGCCCAAGAGUCCAAGGUUCACCCCGCCACCGAGGACAAGGUGUACAACGACGAGUUCUUCUCGCGGCAGGAUCUGGUUGUGAACGCUCUGGACAACGUGGAGGCCAGGAGAUACGUGGACAGUCGAUGUGUCAGUAACAGGAGACCACUGUUGGAGUCGGGGACCAUGGGGGCCAAAGGUCAUGUCCAGGUUAUUGUACCUCAUCUUACAGAGUCCUACUCCAGUCAGCAAGACCCUCCUGACAUGGAUGUGCCAUACUGCACCCUCAAAUCCUUCCCUGCCACUAUUGAGCACACCAUACAGUGGGCCAGGGAUAAGUUUGAGUCGCUGUAUACCCAGAAGCCUGCCAUGUUCAACAAGUUCUGGUCCAUCCAUUCCAACCCACGCAAAGCUCUCCUGCACCUGACCGAGAAGUUCAUCCCAGAUGGUAUGGUGAAGGUGACCAAGAUGUUGGAUCGCAGACCACCGGACUGGGCCAGCUGCAUGGCUCUCGCCAGAGUCAAGUUUGAGAAAUACUUCAACCACAAGGCUCGCAAUCUGCUCCAUGCAUUUCCCCUGAACACCAAGAUGAAGGACGGCUCUCUGUUCUGGCAGUCUCCUAAGAGGCCACCUACUCCACUGGAUUUUGACCCCACCAACCAACUUCACCUGAUGUUUGUGGCGUCCAUGGCGAGACUGUAUGCCGGGGUGUGUGGAGUUGCCUACACCGAGCAGGACUGUUCCCCGGCCUUCGUGACCUCCGUCCUCCUCUCCAUCUCUGUCCCUCAGUGGAGACCCUCCUCCAAGAGAAUUGAAACGGACGUGAGUGCCAAGAAACCAGAGAAUGAAGAUCUGUCGACUGAUGUUCUCACUCUAUGUCAACGGCAGCUGGAGAAGAGGGUGGCUAGUGGGGAUACCCCUCCUGAGCUACUGACAAUGGCUCCACAGCACUUUGAGAAGGACGACGACUCAAACGGACACAUUGAUUUCAUCACCGCUGCUUCGAACCUCAGGGCCUCAAUGUACUCUAUUGAGGCAGUAGAUAGGUACAGAACUAAGUUGCUAGCUGGUCGUAUUGUUCCCAGCCAUUGCUACUACCACAGCCACUGUCGCUGGACUGGUAAGUAUAGAACUGCUGAAGGUGGUGGGUGGGCAUCAAUUGGAGAGCCUCAAGAAUGCCUUCCUCAACCUCGCUCUUCCUACCCUCGUCUUCUCUGAGCCUGCCCCACCCACUAAAACAGUCAUCAGGUACAUACAUGUUGGUGGUGGUUUUUAUUUCUCUAUCUAUCUAUCUAUCUAUCUAUAUAAUAGUAUGCUAUGAACUAUAAUUUCAUACAUACAUACAUACAUACAGUGUAAUGCCAGAUUUUUAGCUAUGUACUGAAAUACAGUAGCUACGUUAUGGCUAAAGAACUUUUGCGACAAAAACAUAUUGCGAAUCAGGCAACUUCACACCAUACUUGACACCCACCAGAUCUGUCAUCAGGCGU